ACAUCGGUUUGUGGAAGUGGCUCAUUCCCGUUCUUCCGUCUAGGAAAUUCUGCCUACUUAAAGCACCUGCUUGCUCCCCAUACAGCAGCACUAUUCGGGGCAAGUUUGGUGCUCGUAUAGAGUUCUGUUUUAUACGCUGUGAGUUGGAAGCCUGCUUCGUUCGCGUUCUACUCUUCCCAAUGGCGAGAGCCUACGUUCUAGUGAUAUGUGUCGUCCUUCUGCAACUGGCGAUGGUGUCCAAUGCUGCAGCGGCCGAUAGCAAGACCUUCACCAUCAUGAAUUAUUUGCCGAAGGAUGAUUUCAUCAUCAUCCGCUGCGAUUGCCUGGACUCCAAUGACAUUGUCACCGUGCUCAGCGACACCAUCGGUGAGUGUGAAGACAAGGAGUUCCAAGCUAGCACCUGCCCCAACGGUGCGUCGGCCAAGGGCUUCUUCUGCAAGUUCCUGUACUACAGACGAUCGGGCGUGACUAUCAAACAGCAAUACACAAAUAUCAAGGUUUGGGCAAGCACAGGGCCUGCCAACACCUACUUCAAGCUCGACACGAGUGGUGUCUAUGGAUGGACCCAGUCUGAGAAUGUCGGAGCCGCCGCGAACUUUAUUAGUGGCUGGGUCGAUAAGUCGUCGGUCGUCAAGGAUAAUUCUCUUGGAAAUGGGCAGUCUUUCUGAUAAACUCAGAUAUUGUUUCCCAAUCCCCAGCGAAAAGACUGCUAGACUUAGUCGAGAUUGCGAGUGUUUGUAUUGCUCCUUGUAAAUUCAGUAUGUAUAGGAGUUUUGUGAGUGACGGUGGCGAGUCCAACACGCAGUCUUUCGACUGAUCUCCAGUAAAUGCUUGAAACUUGAUGUAAGCCCAGAUUGCAUCAAGCUAAUAUGUAUGUAUUGUGUGUUCACAAUACAUUCAUAUUGUGUUUUCACCGC